AUGCAUGUUGGUGAAGGUGUUGUAAUACAGUCAAUACAUGUUGAGGGUAAUGAUAUAGUAGCUGUUACUCCGGAGGGGAAAGUAACUGGAUGUAGAAUAGGUGAGGUUAGUGUGUUAGACCCCCCGUAUGUUGGUAUGGUUUUUCCUAGCUGGGAAGGGAGUGAUAGCUAUUAUAAAAAAUAUGGUAAGCAAGAAGGGUUUGGGGUUGUUCGGGCAUCUUCGGCUUUUAGACAGAAGAAACUAGGUGAAGAAAGGAAACAGCGUAAUGGGUCAUGGACAUGUGAAUGUUAUGGUAAGCCUGAAAGUAAGAAAAGAGUGAGUGGUUCGAUGUUUGUGACGGAUUCACUGGUUAGUGAUGAAACUGGUGUGAAAAAGUCAAAGAAGUGUCAAGGUCCUGCCAUGAUCUAUGCAAGUUUGAAUGAAGAUGAUGAGUGGGUGAUUAAGAGGGUUGUGUUAGAACAUUUAAACCAUGAUCCUACACCAUCAAAGUCCCGACACAUAAGUAUGUAUCAUAAAGAGGAGUUGUCUAAUCAUGUAAGGAGAAAGCUAUUCAAUGAUUAUAACUCAGGAGUGAAGAUACCCCAAAUACAUGAUUGUUUGGCUAGAGAGAGGAAUUGGGUUGAGAAUUAUGUUGUAACGGAGAGAGAUUUGCUUAAUGAAGUGAGCAAGGUUAAGAGGCUAAGACUUAGGGAUGGUGAUGCUAACGCCAUGCUUGAGUAUUUCAAUAAAAUGACUGCAAAUAAUCAAAAUUUCUUCCAUAUGCAUAGGUUGGAUGAGAAUAAUUACUUAAAGGACAUAAUGUGGGUUGAUGCUAGGAGCAGAGUUGCAUAUGAGGAGUUUGGUGAUGUUGUUUGCUUUGACUCUACUUACUUGACGAAUGAAUAUGAGCUUCCAUUUUCUAAUUUUGUUGGUGUAAAUCACCAUGGGCAAAGUAUUCUUCUUGGUUGUGCUCUAGUCUCAUGA